GGUACAACGAUUUCGAUAGGUACGAACACAAGAAUUAACAUGGCGUCAAGAAGAUUAUAUUACUCAACUAAGGUGCAUCAAUAUACAACAAACAAAAACUCUCUCUUUUUCUUUAAUUAAAAAUAGUUUUCUUCGAUCGAUUGUUUUACCAAGCAGUAACUUUGAGAUAUUUCAAGAAGAUGUCACCGGAUAGUGGUUAAGAUUCUUUUAUUGAAAACAUUGUAAUAAAAGCUCGAUAAAAAAAAAUGUCUAAGAAGAAUAGAAAACGAAAGGAGGGGGAAAACCCGUCGGAAAUUAAUUGGGAAGAAGAAAGUUAUUUUCCUACUAAAUUAAAAGAAGAAAUGAGAACAAUGUGGGAAAUACCGCAGAUUUAUCAAUUUCUUCAUUUAACCAAAGACAUUUUAAACGUACCCAAUAUAACAAUUUAUGAAAUGGAAAGGAUGCUACUCAUACCAACAGCUUCUAAACAAUUAGCAAAUAUUAUGACAUGUUUAUUAAGCUAUUCGAACAGAUCCAAAAUGAAUAAAGUACCACCAAUGCCCUAUGAAUUUUGGACGAAUAUUUUAAUGCAUAAGUUAAACAAUUGGUUUAAAUGUUACCAGUUAAAACACAUGGAUGUCAUCAAAGUUCUAGAGAUUAUCGGCGUUGAACCAGAAUUCUGGAAUGUUUUUCCUGAUCCAUCUUUAUUCGCUGAAAAAAAUUUUGAAGAUUUGAGUUUUAAACAACGAGUAUGGCUUUUAAAAACUCUUUGUGAUUCUCUCGUGCAUUCGAAGAAAAUAAUUCAAGAAAGAGUUUCUAAUCAUCCAUGUGAGGAUCAAGAAGAACUAAUUUUAGGAACCGAUAGUCAUGGAGCUACAUAUAUUUAUUUUCCACAAUUCAUCAAUAGCGAAUUGAGAAUAUAUAGGCAUUGCAUGAAUAAUACCAUUCUUUCCACUGCAAAAUUUGUAAAAGUAGAAACAAUUGCAGAAUCCGAAGCAAUAGAAAAGGUUAAUAAUUCGUUAUCAUCCCGUGGAAAAGUAAAAAAAAGUAGAAAGAGAAAAACUAAAAGAUGGCAGAACGGAUAUUGUCCAAAAAUAAGAAAAGAUAAGUCAGUAAAAUCUGUGGGAAAGAAAGUAAAUAAAAAAUUGUAUAUUUGCAAUUGUAAUAAUAGUGCCAUAAAUAGACCUAUCAGUGAAGAUUUACAUUUAAGUUUUACUAGCUCGACUAGUAAUAAUAACAAUAAUAAUAAUAAUAAUAAUAAUAAUAAUAGUAAUAGUGAUAAUAUUAAUAGUAAUAGUGAUAAUAAUAAUUUAAGUAUAAAUAAUCUUGACAAGAAAAGAAUGAGAAAUUCAUUUGAAAUGUCUGAUAAAAGUACAAUGUCAACCAAUACAAGUGAUUACGAAACGAACGUAUCGAAUAAUGAAACUGUUAAAGAAAGUACAUUUAAAGGAUUUUCUACGCCUGCCGAUGAAAAAGAUGACAUUAUAAUAAUUAAUCAAUUAUUAACUAAAUUAAAGACAGAAAUAGAUAUUAAUCAUGUUAAUUCUAACGUAACAAUAGAAAAUACGACUGAUGUAAUAAAUGAUACUGAAAGUUCUACUUUAAAAGAAGAUGAAAAUAAUACAGAAUCAAUUUUAAACGAUAGUGACUCGAACAGGUGUAAUUUAGAUAAUUUAUCUAAUAAUUCGAAAACUGAUGAUGAAAAAUUAAACGAGAUAAUAGUAACUGGAAAUACAACAUUAAUGGAUAAAACAUUUUCAAAUAAUUCCGAAGACGUCACCGAUUUUGAUUCAUCUUUUACUUCCAAGUCGGAUGAUGAGAAAUUAAAUGAAACUGAAACUUCGGUAAUUGACACAACAAAGAAUAUUUCAAACGAUGUACCUGAUACUUCUGAUAAGUGCAGUAAUACAAAAAGAAAAAGAUCGAUUAAUCGAGAAUUAAAAAAUGCAAACAAAAAAUUGAAUGUCAUCAACAAUGAAUCAUCGGUUCUCGAAGCAGACGAAACGCAAAAUUGCAUUAGAAAAAGUCUUAGAUUGAAAACAAAUUUACAGAUGGAAUAUAAAUUAUUUGAUAAUGAUAUCAGUAACGAAUCACAAAUUACAGACAUAGACAACAAAACGGAAGAAAUGGAAAAUAAACCUGAGAUGAAGAAUGAAAAUGCUUCUUUUAGAAUAAUGCUCAACGAACUUGGUGUAUCCAAUUUUUUGCUUGUAGCUGAUAGCGUUGAAACACUCAGGAAACUUAUUUCAAGUUUUUCAUCUAACAUAACGGAAUCGCCUCCUUCAUGCGAAGUAUUAUUAGUGAAUAAAUUGAAGGAGCUAUUAAAAUCUGUUGAAGAAGUUGAAACAAUUUUAAAAGAUACGACAAAGAAAGCUAAAGCAAAGUUACUGAAGGAAUGGACGAAUUUUAAAAUUGGCAGUAUUGAGGAUCAGGAUUCGUCUGGGGAAAAUGGUGUCAGCUCUAAUUGGUGGAUUCUUGGAUCACAGGACAAUGAAUUGUCAACUGCCAAUGAUGAAUCAACGUUACAGACGUUACCGGAUAUUGCCUUAUCCUCAACUAGUACCGAAAGUCAUCCUCAAUCACCAAACAAUCGAAGCGAAAAACAAUAUACAAUCGGAGAAAAAAAGAAGUAUGAAGAAACAAAUAGAAAAUCAGACUACAAAGAGAAGAACGAACAAGACCAUCAAGAAGACAAAGAGUGCAUCAGAAAAGAAGGAGAAGAAGAAACACGAAGAGUUCUCCGAGCAAGAGGAGUUUCUUCGUACACAGAACAAUUGUACCUAUAUGAUGAGAUCGAUGAGAGCGAGUUGGAUGAAUGGACCAACUUUAAGACCAUCAACACGCCUCCCAGCACACAGAUCAGUACAUCCACUCCUUACUCUUCUUCGAAAAACAGACACGACAACAAUUGGUCAGAGAAAGAGGACUCAGACCAAGAUUGGAUAUUACCAAGCUCUCGCAAAAGGAAAAAUAAACGUUCGUCCAAUAAUAAAAAACUGAAGUCCUUGCAGAUAAAAAAUCUGAAUAAAAAAAUAACUAUACUUCAAGAUGUAGAUAAACAAGGUACAUCAAGUAGUAAUAAUAAGGAUAAUCAUAGUAAAGAAGGAAAAGAGCAGAAAUCAGAAAAGAUUUUAAAAAUACCCAAUAUUUUAAAGAGAUGGUCUAAAAAAUCAGCAUCUGAUUCGAAGAAAAUAAUAUAUCCUCAAAUACAGGAAAAUUCAGUACGGACUGUAUCUUCUGUAGAAGCAGCUAAGAUUGGAUAUGUAGAUAGCGUACAUUCGGAGUUAAAUAUUAAAGAUGAGACGCCAAUUCUAGAUUCCGUAUCAAAUCAAUGUAAAACUAAUUAUACUGUACCUGAAAUAAGUUAUCUCGUACAACCAAAUAUCGUACCUACCUUUCAACAACGUUAUUAUAUGCAAGAAGUUCAACCAGACUAUGUUGUUUACAAUCAACAAUCUAAUUUUCUUCCCAUACAACAAGUACCUUGCAUAGUAACGUCACAACAAAUUGUAAGUCAUCCAUCGUAUAAUAUAAGCACAGCAAAAAUGGACGCGAAUGUUCAAUCAAUGCAGAAGUCCAAUGAACUUACUGUAGUAAAAAAAAAUGCGCAGAAGAAAGAAUCUACAUUGCAAUCCAAUUGUAAAGAUAUUACAAGACCUAGUACCAUGCCACGAGCUUCGUCUAGCUCAACAUUGCUAAAAAGAAAGAUUAAGAAUAAUUUAGAUACAAAUAAAACUAAAAAGAAGACCACGUCGUUGAUUAUAUUAAGUGAUAGCGAUGAUGAAAUUGAAAUUCUCAAUGAGAAAAUAGAUGAUAAUGAAAAUAAUAAGAAAAAUAAGACAUUAUCGAAACCGAUAACUGUUCCAGAUGAUAUUGCUAAUAGUUCUUUAAAAAAUAUUAUUCCUCAAGAAUUUAUGCAACGUAUAAAUCAAGGUUGUAUUUCGAUAACACCAAUUAAACCAACACAGCAAACGCAAAGCGCCCCAACGCAACUAGUUGUUGUUGUUAAUGAAACCGGAAAUUAUUACGCCCUGGCUUUACCAAAUGGAAGCAAACUUAUUCUUACUCCUGAACAAGUUGCACAAAUUAGAGCUUCCAAUGGGGGAAAACUCAUUCUAUAAAAUAAAGAUUAUUGUUUUAUCAGUAUAAAUAUUAAAUAUAUUGGUAUGAAUAUACUAUA